AAAAAAAUCAACUGGGAAAAAGGCCGACAGUUCAAAGAAAUCACCGGCAAAAAGUCCAAAAGUUCCAAACAUUCAGCCAGCUCAAAAGCCCAAGGAUCGAAAGCGCCACAGGCCGCAAAGCAAGCAGCUAAACACCCCAAACCAGCUAAAAGACAUCUCGCGGACCAGCAAGGUCAACCUAGCCCAAAACGACCAAAAAUUCAGCAAGUCCAAAGGAGCGUUCCAGUUGCAACCAUUGUGCAGGUUCCAGUUGCUACCGGCAGGCCGACUACGACGAAAAAUGUGCAUCAUCAUCAUGGGCCUCAAUCUGUGCAACACAGCUUGAACAUCAGCGGGGACAAAAACCCAGUGGUGUAUGCACCAGGGGGCCACCACAACACUUUAUCCUACCAACAGCACGGCCAAGACGAACAACCAAAACCAAGGCCGAAAGGGCAAGAACGUCAGGACAAAGAUAAAGACUCCAACUCUGAGGGGGCAAAAGACACUCAGGACAGCUCAUCCACUGAUAAACCAACUCCUGAAGCAGAGGAAACCUGGACAUCUCCCAAAAGCAUUAAACAAGAAGAUGAUGCACAGAAACCAGACAGCAGAUCUGGGAUUAGCUGUUUGUAAAGGUGUGAGAGUCUUGACUAAAAAUGUAUGAAAUGAUAGUCAAAGAGGAAAAAAAAUACAUUUAAGUCUUUACACAGGACCACCCCAAAAGGAAAAAAAAAAACCCAAACAAUGGUUUCAUUUUUUAUAGGUCAAGCAAGACCUAUAUUCGCUUUCCAUGAAGAUAUAAGAUUGAUUCAAAAACAGAUUUUAGUUUUUCAAGAUUACUUAGCCACUGUUAAUUAAAGAAAUGUAUAUUGAUCAGCUUAAAAAAUAUUCUGUUAAUAUUUUUACAAUUUUCUUUUAUGGUGAUGGGUAAAUUAGCGCAUCAACAGAAGAUAAUGUUUCAUGACCAUUUUUGAGAACACACCACUUGUGCAUGUUGCUUCACAUGCCUAUUGCACGAUAUUUAAGCACAAUUAAUUUUAAUCCAAAUGUUAACAAAUAUCUUCAUGAUAGUGCUGGGCUGGUGUUUUACUCAAUACAAAUUCUUCUAAAAUGUUUAUAAGGUUAAAUAC